GUGCGCCGCGUGCCCCGAACUUGGCCCUCAAUUCCCCACCUGCUCCGCUUCAACCUCAACCUGAAGUCAGUGCUUCCGCCUGGAUAUCGGGCGGCGCUUUGUUGGCCUCCAGCUACCUUCCUUUUUGCCACAGCAGCAUCCGCCGCACACAAGGCAGCAAACCAUCAAGCGCUGAGCUUGAAAUUCCCUUGAUUUAUUCCUCGCCGACAUUUCCUCAACCGGAUCCGAAUAACGCAGCCGUCGGCGACACAAUUUCGGACACGAUGAAGAUUACAAUCAAGGAUCUCAAGCAGCAGCGGUUCACAAUCGAUGCUGAGCCGACCGAGCUAGUCUCGGCGCUCAAGCAAAAGAUCUCCGACGAGCGGGGCUGGGAUCCGAAGCUCCAGAAGCUCAUUUACUCUGGUAAAAUUCUCAAGGAUGAGGAUACCAUAGAGUCUUACAAGAUUGAGGAGAAGGGCUUCGUCGUCUGCGUGGUCAACAAGCCCAAGGAACCAAAGCCGGCACCGGCCGCCGAGUCGUCGGCCUCCGCGGCCCCUGCUACCCCCGCGCCCGCCCAAACCGCGACCCCGGCAGCCCCUGCUGCUCCGGCACAGACUGCUGGUACCCCUGCCGCCGCGCCGGCCACACCGACGCCGAGCCGGACUGCCGCCGCUGAGCCAGGCGUGGGCGUUGGCGACUCCAACACCCUGGCGAUUGGCCAGGAGCGCGCCGAGGCCAUUGCGAACUUGGAGGCUAUGGGCUUUGAGCGGUCACAGAUCGACGCUGCCAUGCGUGCGGCCUUCUACAACCCGGAGCGUGCUGUGGAAUACAUCUUGAAUGGCAUCCCGGAGAACCUCCAACACACUUCCGCUCGCCCAGCCCCUGCCGCUGCCGCUGCGCCGGCGGCCGCCCCCGCAGCGCCCGCAGCGGGCGGUGAUGAUGACGGGAACGUGAAUCUGUUUGACCUUGCUGCCCAGCAAGGUCGCGGCUCUGGCGCCCGGGGCGGUGCCGGUGCAGAUGCCGGUGCCGGCGCCGCCGCAGCCGUUGCCGCAGCGGCUGCCCAGCAGGGUUUUGGCAACCUCGAGUUCCUCCGCCACAACGCGCAGUUCCAGCAGCUGCGCCAGGUCGUGCAGCAACAACCCCAGAUGCUCGAGCCGAUCUUGCAGCAACUUGGCGCGGGCAACCCGCACCUCGCCCAGCUGAUCGCCCAGAACCCGGAACAGUUUCUCCAGCUGCUGAGCGAGAGCGGUGACGACGACGCGCCCCUCCCCCACGGAGCCCAACAGAUUUCUGUCACAGAGGAGGAGCGGGAUGCGAUUGAGAGGCUCGUCCGCCUGGGAUUCACGCAAGAUCAGGCGAUCCAGGCCUACUUUGCCUGCGACAAGAACGAGGAGCUGGCUGCGAACUUCCUCUUUGACCAACCGGAUGACGACGACGACCUGAAUAUGCAGUAAAAUCGCUCUUCGUUUUCGGAGUUCUUUGGUAUGGGGGACGGUUUUAU